AUGAUACUGCUCACAAUUCUCUUUCUAUCUCUCAAUCAGAUCGGAGUCUCUUCGACUGAUACGGGUAGCGGAUUUCCAAAGGAUAUGAAUUUAUAUGUAACAUUUCCGCCCAUUCUUCAACAUCAUGAAUCACUUGCACUCGGUCAUUUACGCCCAUUAGGUUGGCAACGACGUGCCGAAGCGCCAAUCAUCGAAGACUCAUUGAAUAUCGAUCCAGAGCGUUUCUAUAACUUGUUCGUGCGAGGCAAUCGAUCCGUCGUUAUUCGUGGCAUAGUCUCACCAAUGGAUGUACUGUGGACAGAUACUUAUCUAUCAAAACAUUAUGGUCACUUAAAUGUUACUGCUGCCAAACGAAAGCAACGUCUAGUGGAUACAUUGGUCAUGACGCCAUUAAAAACCUUCCUUCAACAAUAUCGGCAGGAUGAUUUAUAUAUGAAUACAAUCAUACCUGAUGAGAUGAAAUUAGAGACACCAUUUCCUUCCGUGAUCAAUUGCGGAACAAUUCGUUCGCGUUUAAUAGAACCUAUUCUCUGGAUCAGUGCAGGUGAUACUGCAUCAUUAUUACAAGCACAUGCACAACACACAUUACAUUGCGUAUUGGAUGGUCGAAAAGAUUUCAUUAUCUAUGAUCUAGCUAAUCAUUAUCCGCGUGAAUUUGAUCUAGUGAAACAAGCCAAUGGUGAUCUAUUCUCUCGUAUUGAUGUUGAUUUAGUCAAUGCAUAUAAAUAUAAAUAUUUACAUGAAGCACCCUGGUAUUGGACGACAUUGCGUGAAGGCGAUUGCUUAUUUGUUCCAGCAUAUAAAUUUCAUCAGAUACGAGCACAUGGUCGAACACUCGCACUAACUAUUGAUUUUGCACCUACAAACAUUCGAGAAGAGUUUCUUGGAACUGAUUGCGAAAAGAAUCCGCCAGUUUAUGUUCCACUGAGUCAGGCACCAUUUCUAUGGAGAUACGAGCAUGCAGUACGACAUUUGAGUAAAAGAACAAUUACUUCUGAAGAUGUUCGCAGUUAUUUAUUGCUGUUAUUUGGCGCAAACGAAGAAUUACAUCGGGAAAUAUUUCGUGAUUUCUAUCUUCAAGUUACUGAUGAAUUAGACAAGAAAAGCGUGGCAUUGCCAACAGGCACGGAUGUAUGGAAACAAUUGAAUAAAGAUGAACCACAUGAAGAAUUUAUGACUCGGGAUCAUUUGAAAAAUUUAUCAGCAGACAGUUUGCAACUAUUAGCGGAUAUUCUCCAGAAAAGUGCUCGUAUUCAUGAACAUCACAAACAUGAACUCUAG